AUGGCUGCCUCCAACGACGUUCGGGGCUGGGUCAUGAGCGCCGUUUCCGGUGCUGCCUGCAUCCUGGGGUCGUCUGUCAUUUGCGUCGAUCUUCUCGCCCGCCGCUUCUCCCCGCGCAGUGACUUUCAAAUCGCUCACAGCAAUGUCUUUUUAUCCGCGUCUCUCUGCCUCAGUUCAGGCGUAAUUCUCUUCACUUCGCUGUACAGCCUGCUCCCCACUGCCCGCGACUACCUCGAGAAAGCCGGCUGGUCCCCUUCUCGAUCCUCCUACGCACUCGUCAGCCUCUUCAUCGCCGGAGUCGUCGGCAUCCGAGCCCUCUCCGCCCUCUUACACAAAUUUCUCCCCUCCCACGUCGUCGAUUGCGCCCAUAGCCAUGGCCUACCGCCACCCCGCGACGCCGAUCUCGAGCGCGGCACCGCACACCGGCAUUCAGCCCCGAGCAAACCACACCAAUCCUCCGAGCGAACGCCUCUCCUCUCUCACAAAUCCACACCAGCAGUCAUUAGAGCCGCACAGAUGACAGAGCGUCGUGCGGAUGGGGUCGCCCGCAGCGGUCCAGACCCCUGGCGGGUCCGCCUCGGACGCCGUCUGGGCAGUUUUAUUGGGGCGCCCAAAUCGCACUGCGAUGAGAACGGUCCGUGCUAUGGGUUCUCGCAGGCGUGUGGUGAUGAGUGCUCAAAGACCCUGGUCCGCCCGGCGAUUACAGCAGACGAUGCCUCCGAGUCGGACGUCCCUGCUGCCGAGCACUCUCCGGGUAUUUCCAGCACCUCGUCGCAGACGGAUGUAGUCGAUAGGCCGGUCUCGUCGCACUCGCACCUCGAGCCGGAGGAACUCCCCAAGCCGUCCCUACCAGAUAUCAAACACCACCAUCACGUCCCCCAGAAUGCCUUUUUAUCCAUCGGCCUCCAGACAUCCGUCGCAAUCGCCCUCCACAAACUCCCCGAGGGCUUCAUCACCUACGCCACAAACCACGCGAGCCCAACCCUCGGCAUGACCGUCUUCCUCGCCCUCUUCAUCCACAACAUCAGCGAAGGCUUCGCCAUGGCAUUGCCUCUGUACCUCGCGCUAAAUUCCCGCGGGUGGGCCAUGUUCUGGUCGAGCCUCCUCGGCGGAAUCAGCCAACCAGCGGGAGCAGGUCUCGCCGCGCUCUGGAUCUGGGGAGCGCGCAAGGCAGGCAGUGGCGCGGGCGGCGGGCAGAACGAGACGUCGUGGGCUGUCUAUGGGUGCAUGUUUGCUGUUACGGCUGGGGUUAUGACGUCGGUCGGGUUGCAGCUGUUUACCGAGGGGCUUGUGCUGACACAUCAGCGGAAUAUGGCGAUUGGGUUUGCGAUUGGCGGGAUGGGGCUUAUGGGGCUGAGUUUUGCGUUGACGACCUGA